AGGGAUUCGCGUGGGGUACACGCCUGACGUGCUGACUGAUGCCACCGCGGAGCUCACUGUGGCCCUGCUGCUGGCCGCGUGCCGCCGGCUGCCCGAGGCCGUGGAGGAGGUGAAGAACGGUGGCUGGACAACGUGGAAGCCCUUGUGGAUGUGUGGCUACGGUCUGUCUGACAGCACGGUGGGCAUCGUAGGUCUGGGGAGAAUAGGACAGGCGGUGGCCCGACGCCUGAGGCCGUUUGGGGUCAGGAAGUUUUUAUACACCGGCAGCUGCCCGAAGCCAGAGAGUGCUGCGGAGUUUGAUGCCGAGUUUGUCCCUCUUGCCAGGCUGGCCAAGGAGUCUGACUUCGUCGUGGUGACGUGCGCGUUGACCCCGGCCACCCAGGGGAUGUGCAACAAGGACUUCUUUGGCAGGAUGAAGAAGACCGCUGUGUUCAUCAACACCAGCAGGGGGGCCGUGGUGAACCAGGAGGACCUGUACAAAGUGUUGGCCAACGGGGAGAUUGCGGCCGCAGGGCUGGACGUCACGACACCGGAGCCACUGCCCACCAAUCACCCCCUGCUCUCCCUCAAGAACUGCGUGAUCCUGCCGCACAUUGGGAGUGCCACCUAUGCCACGCGGAGCACCAUGGCCGUGCUGGCAGCUGAGAACCUGCUGGCGGGGCUGCGCGGGGACCCCAUGCCCCACGAGCUGGUGCUGUGA